AUGGAUAUCAAUACAGAGCGCAUCAAACGUCAAGUCCAAGCUUUGGAAAAGAUAUCCGAGUUACCUAAGAGCACACUCACACAAAUCUUACUGGGCAUCAACUACGAUAAGGAUACCGUGGAAGCCAAGAAUCCUAUUUCGAAUAAGAUUGCAUCUCUCACGACAGUAGCGACCAAGUAUGCACUGGACAUGCUAAGAGGCGCUAAUUUCAACGGUCUACAAUGGAAGGCCUUUGAUUCUGUUGUGUUUGGCACCGAUGGCGUAUCAUUCCUACAAGGUCCUCCUGGUACUGGAAAAUCCCAUGUCAUCUCCUUCAUUGCGGUCUUCUGCAACCUCAUCGGCGUUCCCAUCUUAGCAGGGGCACCGUCUCGAGUAGCAACCAAAGCAAUGGCACUUAAAAUUAUCAAACAGCUCCAAAGUCUUCCCGAAGAUGCUAGGCAAGACAUCAAUCUUACCAUCUCGCCAACAUUCAACGAGUCUCAGAGCAUGGCAUUGGAACAUCUUGGUCAGCGCGAACGCACUGCCAAAUGGUCAUCCCCAGAAGACAUACUCCUUCGUGACUACCAGCUGUUCGUCAAAAUCUUAACCGGUGUCGAGAGUCACUGGGAUCCAAAAGACAAGGUCGAUCAAAAGGCAAAGCGUGACUGGGUUAGGCUUUACAAAGGCAUAUUAACCAAUGACCAAAAGCUCACACCACAGCAGUGGGACUUUUUCUGGAGCACGGCAAGGUCGUUUAGAGGCAUAUUUCUCGAUAAGUCGACCAUGAUUGUCAGCACUGUGAACAAUCAAGGCGCUCUCAUCCGUACGUCAACCAAGUUCCUUGGCCGCAUUGAAAGAGAUGGCUUGGCAAUUAUCGAUGAAGCAAAUGUCGACCCGGAAUUCGACAUAAGUAUCACCUUGUCUUUCAACCCAUACUGCACCUCCUUCGUCGGUGACCAUUUCCAGCUCAGUCCAAUUUGUGGAUCAGAAGGCGUCAACGAAUUUGGCAGUCAAGGCACGAUGAGUCUCUUCCAACGUGUGGCAGAGGGACAAGAUCCUAAGCUCUUCACUAUGCUCCAAAUGACAUAUCGCUUUCCGGCAAGAUUGGCAGAUCUCCCAGGAGCAAUCUCAGGAUAUGUUGGCCUUUGUACUCAAGAUCCCAGCGCUCAUGAUACCGACCCAACCUGGCAAAUUCCGCUGCAUAAAGCUAUCAAACGCCCUGGCAACUACCAACAAGAGUUUGACAAAUUGCCAAAAGGCGAUGCUCGUCGAUUGUUCAUCAAUCAGAGGACCCGAUCUGGUAAAGCGAAUCAUUCGAUGUCCACCGUCAAUUAUGGUAACAUUAACGCCAUCUAUGCCUACGUUGAUCAUAUGGUUGCGGCCCAGCAAACUCUCAAGGAAAAGAUUACCAUAUUGGUACCAUUUGCUGCUCAAUUGACGGAUAUGAACGACUUCUUCGACAAGACCCCACUUCAAGGCAUCAGAAUCAAGACCAUUGACAGCUACCAAGGCUCAGAGGAGGACAUCAUUCUCUUGGACUUGACAACAGCCAAUGAACAUGACCCUGCAGCCAUUGGAUUCUUGCGUAAGUGGAAUCGAAUCAAUGUCGCCAUUACUCGUUGCAAGCAGGCACUUGUCAUGUUUGGGAACCUUGAUCUGCUGCGCACCCGGAUAGAAGCCAUUAACGAUAAUGCAUCUUCGAACUUUGCCCUUAUGUUGAUGGAUAUAAUCGACAGAGGAGAUGUCAUCGACUACUGCAAUCUCGAUGCAGAGAAUGAUUUCUUGCCAAAGGAUGCCAUCGAAUGGGCUACUCAACGCUUUACUCUGAAGUGCCCACCAAGUCAAAUGAAAGAGCUCCGUGGCAGGCCCGCUCUCCCUAUCCGUGAUAAGAAAGCUCCCGAAACUAUUUCAAGCCUCGAGUGGAAGCUGAUUCGACGACUCGACGACUUCAGAGUGGCUGCAGCCAACGGGCGACUUGCAGCUGAAGCUCAAUCUAGUUAUGUCACAGGAUUAUUUGAUAUGCUGGAAUCCAAAAUCGACCACGAUGACAACAUCGAGGGCAAGGUCAAGGACAAGGAGCUGGAUAUGGAAAUGGAUGCUUGUCCUGUGGUUGAUGAUGAUAACUAUGAGAUGGGUAUAAGAUUGAUUGAAUGA